AUGACGAAGAUCAACACCAGCCUGCACUCCAGCCGGAGAAAGAGCCGCAAGAACCAUUUCCAGGCUCCCUCCUCCGUGCGCCGUGUAAUUAUGUCCUGUCCUUUGAGCAAGGGUAUGAAGAGACAUCAAAUCGAGGCGCGAAAAGAGCUAUGCUAACUCUGUAUAGAACUCCGGGAAAAGCACAACGUACAUUCGUCCACAUGCAGACCGCCUCAAUAGUACGCGUACUAACAAAUCUCAAUGCAGGUCCGCGCUAUCCCAAUCCGCAAAGACGACGAGGUCAUCAUCAAGCGCGGCAGCAACAAGGGCCGUGAGGGCAAGAUCACCUCUGUCUACCGCCUGAAAUACGUCGUUCACGUCGAGCGUGUCUCCCGCGAGAAGUCUAACGGCCAAUCCGUUCCCAUCGGCAUCGCCCCAUCCAAGAUCGAAAUCACAAAGCUCAAGCUGGACAAGGACCGCGAGAAGAUCUUGGAGCGCAUCGCCGCUGGCCGUGAGGCCAACAAGAAGAAGACACAGCAGGCAUAG